AUGGCUCCGUGGAAAGCCAAGUGCCUCUCCUUUAUGGCAAGACUCACCUUAACCAAGUCUGUCGCUGCCUCCCUGCCUGUGUAUAACAUGCAGACUGAGAUGAUCCCCAACAAAGUCGGCAAGAACAUUGACAAGAUGAACAGGGACUUCAUUUGGGGCGAUGAGCCGGACAAGAGCAAGAUGCACCUGGUGGCGUGGGAGAAGAUGACAACUCCGAAAUGUCAAGGUGGAGUGGGCCUCAGACCAACGAGGCUACCUAACCUUGCCAUGUUAGCUAAAGGGGGUUGGCGCCUAAUGCAGGAGAAAGAUACGCUAUGGACACAAGUUAUGCAGGCGAAAUACGGAAGACAAAGACAAGGCCUCAGUCUUCUCUGUCCUGUUCAGGGAAGUUCCUUCACCUGGACCAGUUUCUCUAAAGCUAUCCCCAUCCUUGAAAAUCGGUGUGUGUGGAAUAUUAAAAAUGGUCGAAGCACUAAAUUUUGGAAUGAUCCUUGGGUUUUGCAGGUCCCUUUACGAGAUAUGGCUCUAGACGAAAUCCUGAUGGAGCUGGAGGAGGCUACAGUGGCCGAUUUUGCUCAUGAGGAUGGAAGCUGGCGUACAGAGCUCUUUAGCGACCUCUGUCAAGGACCAACUCUUGGCCGUGCGGCACUUAGCACUCAAGUCUCGUUAGAGCACUAA